ACCUCGUAAUGGCCUUCAGCUAAUCACAGUGUUAAUGGACACGACGCUGCAGCUGGAGCUCAUCCUCCUCUCAUCUCCUCCUCUCAUCUCAUCCUCUCAUCUCUUCUCUCCUCCUCUCCGCUCUUCCUCCUCGCCUCUCUCUCCGCGAGUCCUGCAGCAGGAGACGCGCCUCACGCAGCAUGGCUUUUCCUUUAAGAAGAACAGCAUCAGAGCCUCAGCUUAAAGGAAUCGUCACUAAACUGUGCAGCCGUCAGGGUUUUCACCUGCAGCUCCAAGCAGACGGAACCAUCGACGGCACGAAAGAGGAGGACAGCAGUUAUGCGGUGUUUAAUCUCAUCCCCGUGGGUCUGCGUGUGGUGGCGAUACAGAGCGUUCAGACGAAGCUCUACCUGGCCAUGAACAACGAGGGUUACCUGUACACCUCCGAACACUUCACUCCGGAGUGUAAAUUUAAGGAGUCUGUGUUUGAGAAUUAUUACGUGACCUACUCGUCCAUGCUGUACCGGCAGCAGCAGUCGGGUCGAGCCUGGUACCUCGGCCUCAAUAAGGAGGGACGAGUGAUGAAGGGGAACCGCGUCAAAAAGACCAAACCGGCCGCUCACUUCAUCCCCAAACCCCUCAAAGUUGCCAUGUACAGAGAGCCCUCACUCCACGACAUGACUGAAUUCUCACGAAGCGGAAGUGGAACUCCGACGAAGAGCCGCAGCGCAUCAGCCAUGCUGAACGGAGGGAAGAUAGCAAGCCAGUCGACAUAACAAGGGGACCUAACAAGGGGACCUAACAAGGGGACGUACCAAGGGGACCUUACAAGUUGGCAUGACAGCUCUGCACAAAAAAACCCCACACGUUUACACCUUUUUGGCUAACGAUCACUGUGAUGACAUCACAAGUGCAAAACCGGACGAAUCCAAGCCAUUGGACUUCAUCAUCGUCUUCAAACUCGUAGCCUGAACAAACUGCUGCUUCUCUCAUUCUUUUUCUUCUUCUUCUUCUUCUAAACUGUGUUACUGGACAAAAUCCACUUUACGUGAUUAUAAUCCUGCUAAAGUAGCUGCUGAUCUCAUACAUGGAGCACUGAGACGGAGACGGCGAGCGUGUCGGAGCAUCCAGCCUUCUGUAGCACAUCUUCACUGUUAAACACACUGAUGGGGUUCCGGCUUCUCUCUGAGAGUCUCGUUCACACGGAAUUACGGUUUUACGCAACCAAAGACGUCGUGUGUCUUCAUUGUGGAGGAGAGUGAAUGAGAAUCCAACAGGAACGUGGUAUUGUUUUGUUAACGCGCCCUCGUCCACUUCCCCUUACAUACAUUCGUGCGUGUGUGUGUGUGUGUGUGUGUGUGGCCUGCAUCAUACUGUACCAUACCAUGAAUACACUCGAGCUCAACAGUGUAGCUGAAGCCGUGGAGAUUUACACACUCACACACACCUGGAUUAAUUACUGCCUGCUGUGUAAACGUACUAGCACAGUAAAGUAACUCAGAAAUGUAAAAUGUUUACACUUUUAACACAGCUCCGUCCACCAUUUUGGAAAGGAAACUGCCUCAUAUUGGAAACAGCAAUGCCUUCUGGGUAAUUUCUGCUCCUGAAGUCCACACUGAUGACGACUCGAUCCCUCAUCCUACUCUCAUCUCGUCAGUAAUAAAGUCAAGCUCUUACGAUGGCGUCCAAGGGGACUAAACUGCAGGGAAGUGAGCGAGGGGAAGCGUUUAAGCAGGACGUGUUCAUCUCUACUCGGAUUCGACGUCUUCCUUUACUUCCUGCUUUCCUCUGUUUCCAUUGUGAAUGAAUGUCAGAUACGUAUGUUAAAGCGAGUUAUUUAAAAAACUUCAUCGCUUCUACAGGGCUAAAUUAAUUCUUCAUUUCUGAUUUCUGUACGUUGCUAUUAAUUAAUUUGGGUUCUGAGAGCAUUUGUGUUGCAUGGGACACACUGUGGGGGAAAGCUGCAUGUUUUCUAGCUGUGUGUGUGUGUGCGUGUGUGUGUGUGUGUGUGUGUGUGUGUGUUAGUCGCAUAAUAAACCGAUGGCAGAAUAAUGGAAAACGCCUCUGAUUUGCUGUGCUGAGUGAGUGGUUUGUGUAAACGUGGCGUUUAAGCGACACGCCGCACGUCAGUGAUGUUUACGAUGCUUCAGAGCCGCGUGGAGAGACGACGUGAGUUUAACAGCCUUUUAACGAAACGUGUAUUAAACCUUCAUCAUGUUCUCAUGACGAGAGUGUCUUAUUCAGCUAUACUGUGAUCUGAGCUGUAGUGUUUAGGGGGAUUUUUACCGGCAUUGCAUGAUAUUAGAUACAUGUAAUGUGAAAUCGAUCAAUAAAUUCAUGUUGCUUUAA